UCCUCGAGUCAAACGGCCACCGGAGGUCGUCGACGACGAAGGAAAAUGCCCGAAGACGGUGGCGGAGCGAAGGGCGUCACGCUCACGGCGAAGGUCUUCGACACUCUGAAAAAACGGACGAAAUUUUCUAGGGCGGAACUUGAGGCGCUCUGCAAGAUCUACUGCAAGCUGAUAACAAGUCCAGGUCAGCACGCGGGGCCGACGACGAUAAUAAACGGAAUGCCUUCAACGGCGCAGACCAUCGAGGGAAUAGACAGGAUUAUAUUUCGGGAAUUGAUGCACAACACUUUCGACAUCCUAACGGAGGACACUCUGAUCGAGCGAAUGUUUUGCUGCUGGGAUCGUGAUAGCGAGGGUGCAAUUCGCCUCGAAGCCUGGAUCCUUGGUCUCGACGUAUUUUUGCGCGGUACUCAAAGAGAGAAGCUAGAGUUCUGCUUCCGGAUUUACGACCUCAACAACGACGGCUACAUCACCAAAGACGAGAUGUUUCAGUUGCUCAAGAAUUGCCUGAUCAAACAACCCAGCGAAGAGGAUCCUGACGAGGGCGUCAGAGAUCUGUCGGAACUAGCUCUUAGGAAGCUGGACGUUGAUCGGGACGGAAAAGUCUCAUUCCAGGACUAUGAAACCGCCAUAAAGGAAGAACCUCUACUUCUCGAAGCCUUCGGCCAAUGUCUACCGACGGAAGAAAACUGUGUCAGUUUUCUGUCGACUCUACAGCCUUGAACUACAACAAGCAUUCGAUGGUGAAAAGUCCUUCAAAUUGAUCGUUCUCGGGGACCGAGAUUCGAUCUGAUUUAAGUGAUCGAAAAGACAAUUUUGGAACACUCUCGAAAAAUUAAACUCAAAAUUUACUAAACUUUUUACGUGUUCGUUGUUCGUAAUGAGUUUCGCACUAAGCCUAUGUAUGUGAGUUAAUUCUAAGAAGGUAAAAUAUAUAUAUAUAUAUAUGGAUUCAAUUUUUCAAACUUAUAACACUUGGUGUAAGCAGAAAAAGAACAGAUUCUUAGACGGGAAAAUGUGCUACUCAGAGACAGAAGAACCAAAAUCGUUGAAAACCGAAUUAUCAAUGUAAGUAAAUACUCGAGAAUAAAUAAAAAUAGCUUAACGUCCCAGGCCCUAGAAAUAAGAUCAAAAAGAACUCCCAAAUAACGAAGGUUUUUCGUUAUGAAAAAAGUUGCAGAAAUUCUGUGAUGACCAUGUCAAAGUUCAGAACACAGUUCUUUAUGACUAAUAGUUGAACUCGAAAUAUAAAUU